CCAGCAUCCCGCGAAGGCAGCACGGCUCCGCUUCCUCCUCUGAUUCUGGACCUCGGUGACUGCAGCCAUUUUGAUUUGAAACCGCAUCUCCGGAGAGAAGCCGCCUGGAAGAGGUGGGAAUUGUGUAACGCCAAGAUAGGUUUUAGCGCGGAGAGGAGCGAUGUGGGACCAGGGAGGACAGCCGUGGCCGCAGUGGCCUCUGAGCAGCCAGCAGCAAUGGAUGCAGUCUUUCCAACACCAGCAUGACCCAGGUCAGGUGGACUGGGCUGCUCUGGCGCAGGCCUGGAUAGCCCAAAAGGAGUCAACAGGAGGACCGCCGCACAGCAUCCAGCCUAAUGGGCAGGACAUCCCAGGCCUUGAAUCCGCUCCACCGGCCAACCAUGGCGCCUUUCAGGGCGAACCGCCGUUUGGAAGGUUGUGGCAGCCAGCAGAAAGCGGAGUUGGACACAGACCGCGCCUCAGCAGAGAGGAAGACCUGCCUGAGUGGGGAACUCAUGGUCAGGCCCCUCCUCCUCCACCUCCGCCGCCACCACCACCACCCACUGAGCAGCCCUGGAUCCCUCCAGGAUCAGGACCCAUGGAAGUGGUGACUCCAAGCGAGGACAGCAACAGCCAGGACAGCGUCGAGUUCAACUCUGAAGCCCGCCAUGGGGUUUACCCCCAGAACAGCCAUGGGUAUGGGGCACAGCCCGACAGCUACGCCAUGGCCCCCAUGGCCAUGAACCAGUUUGAUUAUCAGCACGGAGCAGCUCCAUCGUUCGCUCCGACUCCUGCAGGAUUUCACUCCCCCUACUGGCAGGGUCCUCCUCAGAACCGGCGAGACAGCCGGCCGCCCACCGGGUUCAGAGACCGGCCCAGGUCGCCCAUCCCGGUCCCUGUCAAACCCCCAGAGGCCCCGGCACCACUAGGUGAGCAGGACUAUCGCUUUUCUGAUGCCGUAAAGCGACGCACCCUGCCGGCAUGGAUCAGAGAGGGUCUUGAGAAGAUGGAUAGAGAAAAGCAGAAGAAGCUGGACCGGGAGCGAAUGGAGAAGGAGCGUGCGCAAAUGAAAAAGGAUGAUGGGAAAGAGCACAAGGCCAACAUGGAAGGGGAUGGGCCUCGUUUGCCCCGCAAGAGUAAAUUUGACAGCGACGACGAGGGCAACGAUGACCACGAGCACGAAGAGAAGAUAACUAUCAAAAGAGAAUUUUCCACGCGCAGCCCAUCUCCGCCCGCAGAAGACAGCGAGCCAGAGCUGACCGAUGAGCUGAAGGAAGAGCUGCUGAUGGGCAUAACUAAAACCCUCCUGACAGAGAUCCUUCUUACUGUCACCAACGAGGAGAUCCAGCACAUUGCCAGAGACACCCACAGGAAAGCCAUUCGAGCUCCUGCAAAACAGCUGGCACAGUCAAGUGCACUGGCUUCUCUGACCGGUCUCAGCGGGAUCGGAGACUACGGCUCGGACGAAAGCGAGGAUGACGACGGCCACAGUGCCCGAGGAUCUGACUCGUCCGACACAGACGAGGAAGAACUGCACCACCGCAUCCGAGUAAAGCAGGAUGCCUUCCGCCGCAAGGAGCAAGAAAUGCAGGAGAAACUGGCACAAGACGCUCUGCUCGCGCGCGAGGAGAUGGCGAAGGAGAGGUUGAGCAGAGAAAAGGGGGAACACAGCGAGGGUCAGUCAGAAAAUGCAUAUAAACAGGAAGUGAACGAGAGGGAGCCAGAGUCCUCGUUAGACAGGCGCGCGUCUCGCAGUGAUGAGGGCAAGCAUUCAGGCCGAGGGAAGGAGGCGUCCAGGCGAGGCGCCAGCGACUCCCCAGCCAACGGUCACAGCAGCAGCUCCCGCUCCUCCUCCAGCCGCAGCAGCUCCCACUCCUCCUCCACGUCCUCCUCUUCCUCCGCCUCCUCCCGCAGCUCCUCUCGCUCCUCUUCCCCACAAAGGAAGAGGAGGCGCAGCCGCUCGUCAUCCCGCAAGGCGCGGCGCCGCAGCCGCAGCCACAGCUCCCACCGGCACCGCGGCGAGAAGGCCAGGGACCGGAGGAGGAGCAGCGCAGAGCGGUCGGGCCGUCACAAGCGGGAGCGCAGCGCCUCCAGAGAGCACAGGAGCCACAGGAGCAGAUCCCGGUCCAGGGAGAGAGGCAGGGGCAGGGGCAGAGACAGCCGCAGCCGCAGCAGAGACCGAGGGAGAGACAAGGAGAGGAAAAGGAGCCGGGAGCGCAGGGACAGCAGUCACGGUCGGAGCAGCAAACACAAACAGAAGGCCUCCAGCAGGGACAGGGAGAGGAGGAGAGACAGGAGCCGGAGCCAUGAAAAAGAUAAGAAAAAGAAGGAGAAGGACAAGGACAGGGAAAAGGAUAGCGAUAAAAAGAAAGACAAGCCUAGAUCUAAAGACAAGGAGAAGGAAAAAGGAGGCUCUGUCACCGAGGAGAACGACAAGGCUAAGAAAAGGAGGGAGAGCGACUCGUUCACCAACUCCCAGAGUGACAAGCGCUCUCGACAAGAUAGCAAGGCCUCCAAGAAGGGCUCCAGCAAAGCUAGCAAGAGGCACUCAGACUCCGACUCCAGUAGGUCCCCCACCCCCGAAGUUAGCAAGGAGAGAAAAUCUAAGAAAUCCAAACGUAGUCGCUCCAGGUCGGUGGAAAAAUCUCACAAGUCUGGUAAGAAGGCAAGCCGCAAACACAAGUCUAAGUCACGAUCAAGGUCGACAUCGCCGUCGCGUCGAAGCAAACGCUGAGGAGCACAGUGGACACGCGGAUCUGUGCAUUUAACCGCUUAAAAUUCCAUGAGUUGAGCAGGCUUGUCUCAUUAUAGAGGCAGUUGUGUAGGUGAACACCCCCCUCAUACAUUUCUUUUAUUGUAAAUAUGCUGUAAUUUUUAAAAAGUGUGACUGGUGAACAAGACAUUUUGAAUGGUAGAUUUCAUUAUGCAGAGUUUGAUCACACUAAAAUCUGAAGUUGUCAUUUUAAAACAAGAUAAACAUUUUUUUCCCCGUCACGUUGUUGUAAGAUGUCCAAUAAAACCCUUUCUUCCUUG